CAAUUCUCACCCCAUUCAAGCUUUUAACGUCUAAAUCACGUGACCUCCACCACCUCCUCCUCCUCCAUUCCCUCCUCUUCACCGCUAGUCCUUCCAUGCCUACCCAUCCACUCCCCCAUUUCCCUCUACACCUGGCCGUUACUCUCCUCUCGCUCCUCCUCCUGUCUCCGGUCAUCUCGACGCCACCGCAGCCCCACCAUCCUUGCUCGCCGCAUCCCGCCGCCGGCCUUCCCUGUCCCCCUUUCCCUUCCCCACCCUCCUCCUUCCCCUUCUCCUCCUCCCCUGGCUGCGGCCACCCUUCAUUCCAGAUCCAGUGCUCCUCUCCCUUCUCACUCAUCUCCAUCCACUCCACCUCUUUCCGUAUACUAGCUGUUCACCCCAACAACUCUAUCCUCCUCGCCCCCCUCCUCACAAUCUCUUCCUCGCCGACUUGCCCUGCUCUCCCCCUUUCGCCUCUCAACCUCUCCCCCUUUCGCCUCUCCGAUGAGACCUGCCACUCUCUCUCUUCCCUUCUCCCGUGCCACCAGAACGUCUCCUCAUGCUCGCUCUCCCCUUUCCACCUCCGCCUCGCCGCCGAUCCUCUCUCCCUCUUCCCAGCAUGCCGUCGCUCCCCUGUUGCCCCUUCUCGCCUUUGCACCCCAGAUAUCCUCGCAUUAAUUUCCACCUUCCUCACCAAUGGCGUCCUCGUUGAAUGGAACCCCAGAACGGACCCCUACUUCGCCAAGUGCUCCGACUGCCGCCAGUCAGUAACCGGCCUCUGCGGAUUCAAUGACUCCUCCCCAUCGAAACCCUUCCUUUGCUUCCCUUCCCCUUCCCACCUACCACACCAUCACCGAAGUCGAUUAAUCCCAGUCUUCGUCGCCGUUUCCUCCGUCAUCUUCCUCUCCACCUGCCUUGUCAUCGCCGCCUUUCGCCGGCGAUGGGAUAGCACCUCCGUCUCCGAUUUUCUCGACCGGCACCAGAUCCAGCAGGCCCCGAUCUACACUUACGAGCAGCUCAGGUCCUGGACUAACGGAUUCGACUCCCGCCGCAAGAUCGGCGACGGCGGGUUCGGAGCAGUGUACUUGGCACAGCUCGAAGACGGCCGCAUUGCCGCCGUGAAGCGGCUUCACCGGCGGCCGGGUCAGCCGACGCUUGCCGCGGCGGCGUGUACUCGCUCGUUCUGCAAUGAGAUCAAGAUCCUCUCCUCUCUCCGUCACCCCAAUCUCGUCCGCCUCCAUGGCUACUGCUGCGAUCCACGCGGCCUUGUCCUCGUCUACGACUACGUUCCGAACGGAACCCUAGCCGACCAUCUCCACGGCACGCGCAGCCUAUACCGUAAGGUCGCCCUAACCUGGCCCGUCCGCGUCGACAUCGCGCUCCAAACCGCCGCCGCCAUGGAAUACCUACACUUCGCCCUUAAACCCCCCGUCGUCCACCGCGACAUUACAUCGAGCAACAUCUUCGUUGAGCGGGAUAUGCGUAUCAAGGUCGGGGACUUUGGUUUGUCGCGGCUCCUCGCCGGCGGAACGGCCUCCGCCGGAGGUGGUGGCGUAGCGUUCGCGAGAGAAGAUGGAGAGGAUGGAUGCUGUACAGGGCCGCAGGGGACUCCCGGUUACCUAGAUCCGGAGUACCAUAGGACGUUCCGUUUGACGGAGAAGAGCGAUGUGUACAGCUUCGGCGUGGUAAUGAUGGAGCUCUUGACAGGGAUGAAAGCGGUGGAUGCGAGGAGGGACAAGCGGGAGGUGUCUCUCGCGGAGAUGGUGGUGGGGAGAAUUCAACUAGGGGAGCUUAGAUUGGUGGUGGAUCCGGUUCUGAUGCCCCCUCCUGGAGAGGAGAUUCAUCUGGCGAGCAUUGAGGCCGUGGCGGAGCUCGCUUUCCGGUGCGUCGCCGGUGAAAAGGAUGAUCGGCCCGACGCCAGGGAGAUCGUCGGCCACCUCUCUCGCAUUCGAUCAAUGCUUCAGCAACCGCCGCCACCGCUGCAGACCAAGAUUACGUAAGCAUCAAUUCAUCAAUUGAAUUGAAGAUUUUGACCCUCCAUCGACCGAUCGAUAUGAUUUCUCGCUGCAAGUAAUUCCAGAAACUAUCAUUGAGAUUGGAAGGAGCUGUUAGGGUUUAUCGAUUCGAUCUGGUGAAAGGGGUUCGAGUGAACCAUUCGAAGACGAUACUGCUUUGCUGAGCUUGGUUUGUUAAGGAGGCUGCAACAAAGCAUCAUAUGCAAGCCAUUCUCUGUAAUGCUUAAUACUUGAUGCUGGUUUUAAUGAUCAAUGGCUAAUGUAUUUCUACUACAGUAGAUCCUCUCUAGUAGGAGAAAUUAUUACUUGCAUUCAGACUCAUUGGAGUUCGAACUUGAGCUACAUCUAGACUCCAUACGUAAUAAUUUUUUCUAUGUUAGGGUUGUAAAUGAAUUGGGUCGAGUCGUGUAUCCAUCUAAUCGAGCUUACUUUAUUUAGUUCUGACUGAGCCUGAGCUCAUUUACUAAGUUCAAGCUCGAUUACUAAGCUCAAGCUCGGCUCUUUAUAUAA